GCGCCCUCCCCAGCCAUGUCGUCCAUCCUGCCCUUCACCCCCCCGAUCGUGAAGCGCCUGCUGGGCUGGAAGAAGGGCGAGCAGAACGGGCAGGAGGAGAAGUGGUGCGAGAAGGCGGUCAAGAGCCUGGUGAAGAAGCUGAAGAAGACCGGGCAGCUGGAUGAGCUGGAGAAGGCGAUCACCACGCAGAGCGCCAACACCAAGUGCAUCACCAUCCCCAGGUCCCUGGAUGGCCGCCUACAGGUGUCCCAUCGGAAGGGGCUCCCCCAUGUCAUCUACUGCCGCCUGUGGCGAUGGCCGGACCUGCACAGCCACCAUGAGCUGCGGGCCAUGGAGCUGUGUGAGUUCGCCUUCAACAUGAAGAAGGAUGAGGUGUGCGUGAACCCCUACCACUACCAGAGGGUAGAGACACCAGUACUCCCUCCCGUGCUGGUGCCUCGCCACACAGAGAUCCCAGCCGAGUUCCCCCCACUGGAGGACUACACUCAUUCCAUCCCCGAGAACACCAACUUCCCUGCCGGAAUCGAGCCCCAGAGCAAUAUUCCAGAGACCCCACCCCCUGGCUACCUGAGCGAAGAUGGAGAAACCAGUGACCACCAGAUGAACCACAGCAUGGACGCAGGUUCUCCGAACCUCUCCCCGAAUCCGAUGUCCCCAGCACACAAUAACUUGGACCUGCAGCCCGUCACCUACUGCGAACCAGCCUUCUGGUGCUCCAUCUCCUACUACGAGCUGAACCAGCGUGUUGGGGAGACUUUCCACGCCUCACAGCCGUCCAUGACGGUGGAUGGCUUCACCGACCCCUCCAACUCUGAGCGCUUCUGCCUAGGCCUGCUGUCCAAUGUGAACAGGAACGCGGCCGUGGAGCUGACGCGCAGGCACAUCGGGAGAGGCGUGCGGCUCUACUACAUCGGAGGGGAGGUCUUCGCAGAGUGCCUUAGCGACAGUGCUAUUUUCGUCCAGUCUCCUAACUGUAACCAGCGCUACGGCUGGCACCCUGCCACCGUCUGCAAGAUCCCCCCAGGAUGUAACCUGAAGAUCUUCAACAACCAGGAGUUUGCUGCGCUGCUGGCUCAGUCUGUGAACCAGGGCUUCGAGGCUGUCUACCAGCUGACGCGCAUGUGCACCAUCCGCAUGAGCUUUGUCAAAGGCUGGGGAGCCGAGUACAGGAGACAGACAGUGACCAGCACCCCCUGCUGGAUUGAGCUCCACCUGAAUGGGCCUUUGCAAUGGCUGGACAAGGUCCUCACGCAGAUGGGCUCCCCCAGCAUCCGCUGUUCCAGUGUAUCUUAG